ACUUUCUACAGCGAGAGGGAUGCAGCGCGCGCUCAGCGCAGCCUGAAAAUGGCAACCCUUUGGAUUUAUCCGUCCCUUAUUUUCUUUCUUUUCUCCUCCCUCACACCGAGUCAAGCCUUACGGAAUUACCCAGAGAAUGAAGUUACAUUGCUGGACACUAUGUCUGCUCUGGGAGACCUUGGCUGGGAGGCCUACCCAGCUGAAGGGUGGGAGGAAAUCAGUGUGAUGGAUGAGAGGAACACCCCCAUGCGCUCCUACCAGGUGUGUAAUGUGAUGGAGGCUAAUCAGAACAACUGGCUACGCACUCGCCACAUCCCACGAGAUGGAGCGCAGCGCGUCUACAUCGAGAUUAAGUUCACCCUGCGUGACUGCAACAGUCUGCCUGGAGUCCCUGGCACCUGCAAAGAAACUUUCAAUAUGUACUACUAUGAGUCCAACAACCCCAACCUGUGGUUUAUCAAGGAGAGCCAGUACAUAAAGAUCGACACUAUUGCGGCCGACGAGAGCUUCACGCAGACUGACGUGGGUGAUCGCGUUAUGAAACUAAACACUGAAGUGAGGGACAUCAGUAACUUGAACAAGAAGGGUUUCUACUUGGCUUUCCAAGAUGUUGGAGCCUGCAUCGCCUUGGUGUCCCUGAGGGUCUUCUAUAAGAAGUGUCCUCUUGCCGUUCUGAACUUGGCCCAGUUUCCCGACACGGUGACAGGAGGAGAUUCAGCGUUGGUGGAGGUUAGGGGAUCUUGUGUGAAUGACUCGGAGGAGUUUGAGGCGCCGAGGAUGUACUGCAGUGGAGAUGGUGGAUGGCUGGUGCCCAUUGGACGCUGCGUCUGCAAGCCAGGCUUCGAGGAGAACAAGGACUACUGUCAGCCCUGCGGGCCGGGUACCUACAAGGCCUCUUCCAUGGACGCCUACUGCACCAAGUGUCCUCCUUACAGUUUCUCCCAUCAGGAGAAAGCCUCCGAGUGCUCCUGCGAGAAGGGAUUUUACAGAGCUGACAUGGACCCGCGGUCAAUGGCCUGUACCCGACCUCCAUCUGCAGCCGAGAACCCCAUCUCCACCCUCAACGACACCUCUGUGACUUUAGAGUGGAGUCCUCCCAGAGACAGCGGCGGCCGAGGGGACGUCACCUACAACGUCCACUGCAGGAAGUGCGCCAGUGACGGCAAGACAUGCAGCCCCUGCAGCAACAGCGUCCACUUUGUACCUAGACAGUUUGGUCUCUCAAUCCCUAAAGUGUUGAUCACGGACCUGCUGUCCAACACCAACUACACCUUCAGCAUAGAGGCGGUGAACGGAGUGUCCGAUCUGAGCCCAACCCCUAAACAACAAGUCACUGUCAACAUCACCACCAGUCAGACAGUGAAUGUGAUCCUGAAGGAGAGAAAGAGUAAAGACAGUAUCACACUGGCCUGGCAGGGACCCGACAGACCAAACGGAGUCAUAGUGGAAUAUGAAGUCAUCUACUAUGAGAAGAACCAAAGAGACCAGAACUACACGGUUCUGAAGACCAAAGCCCACACAAUGACAGUGGAAGGACUGAAGCCGGGCACCACCUAUGUGUUCAGAGUGAGGGCGCGCACUGAUGGAGGCUACGGCAACUACGGUGGGGAGAUAGAGCUGGAGACCAGUCAUGAGGAUAUGCUGGCCAUUGGGGACCCUAACCAGUCCACAAUCCUUGCGGUGUCCGUAGCCGGUGGCAUUGUGCUCCUUAUCUUCCUGGUGGCGUGUUUUGUAGUAAGCGGACGACAUUGUGGCUACAUUAAAGCGAAGCAAGAUCCAGAUGAAGAAAAAAUGCAGUUUCAGAACGGGAGAGUGAAAUUGCCAGGAAGCAGAACAUACAUUCACCCCCACACUUACGAGGACCCAAAUCAAGCCAUCAGGGAUUUUGCCAAGGAAAUCGAUGCCUCCACUAUACAUAUAGAGAGAGUUAUAGGUGCAGGUGAGUUUGGUGAGGUUUGCAGUGGCCGUCUGAAGCUCCCCAGCAAGAGAGAAAUCUACGUGGCCAUCAAAAGUCUAAAGGCAGGAUACUCAGAGAAGCAGAGGCGGGACUUCCUGAGCGAGGCCAGCAUCAUGGGCCAAUUCGACCACCCCAACAUCAUCAGACUGGAGGGAGUCGUUACCAGAUGCAAGCCCGUGAUGAUUAUUACAGAGUACAUGGAGAAUGGAUCGUUGGAUACUUUCCUGAAGAAACAUGAUGGGCAGUUCACGGUCAUUCAGCUGGUGGGGAUGAUGCGUGGAAUCGCUUCAGGAAUGAAGUAUCUGUCUGACAUGAGCUACGUCCACCGUGACCUAGCGGCACGCAACAUCCUGGUGAACAGCAACCUGGUGUGCAAAGUGUCCGACUUCGGCCUGUCUAGAGUGCUAGAGGACGACCCUGAAGCUGCGUACACCACACGGGGCGGAAAGAUUCCCAUUCGAUGGACGGCACCUGAGGCUAUAGCGUACAGGAAGUUCACCUCAGCAAGUGACGUUUGGAGUUACGGCAUCGUCAUGUGGGAGGUGAUCUCAUAUGGAGAGCGGCCUUAUUGGGACAUGUCUAAUCAAGACGUGAUUAAAGCUAUAGAUGAGGGUUACAGGCUGCCUGCUCCAAUGGACUGUCCCGUAGUCCUCCACCAGCUGAUGUUGGACUGCUGGGAGAAGAGCAGAAGCGAACGGCCCAGAUUCGGGCAGAUCGUGAACACUCUUGACAAACUGAUCCGCAACCCCAACAGUCUGAAAGAGCUCACCAACAGCUCAGUCUGGGAAGACCCCACCACCCCAGAGUUCAAUGUGAGUACUGUGGAUGAAUGGCUGGACGCCAUCAAUAUGGGCCAAUAUAAAGACAAUUUCGCCAGCGCGGGCUACGUUUCUCUAGAUUCCAUACUGUACAUCAGCUUGUGUGAGUUAAGCAAGAUGAGCGUGACUCUGGUUGGGCACCAAAAGAAGAUUGUCUCAGCCGUCCAGAGUUUGCAUGCACAGGGGACUCAUGUGCAAAUAUAACAAGCCUUCUCCACUGCCUGAGAGCGUACAGACUGAGAGUUACCAACUGCUCCCACCACACUCCAUAUCAGCAGCUUCACCAUACAGUUCCCACCCUGGAUGUUUCCGCAUACAACCCUUUCGUCAGCGCUCUGGUUUCCGUCCAUGCACGUCUGAGCUUCCUACAGGCAGAGGGACACACUGAGACUGAUCUAAAAUCGCUUAACAAGGCCACGGCAAAUCAGAUAUGAAGUAUGGUUAUUAAACACAAAAGAGAAACAAAAAAGGAACAAUAAUACAUUAGGGAGAAUUCACAGCUUGUGUUUUACAGUUUCAACAUUUUGCAUUUCAUAUUUGACGUUUUGCAUAUCAGUGGUCGGACUGUUAUUCUUAAAAGGAGGAUUGUUGUUUCUUUUUUCUCACAUCCACGUUUCGGAUAUCAGUCUGUCCUCCUACAUCACUUAUAAGCCACAGUAAAAUAUCAGAUGAUGUUUACAGUAUAUUUAUUUUGUCAUAAUUGAGGCAGCAUUUGAGCUCAGAUGGUUUCAGGUCGCAGCUUCCAGUAUUGAGGCGAAAAGGCAACAGAGGUUUGCGUUCCACCAGCAAAGAUGGCCGGAAACAUCUGCAACGACAAAGGAGACAUCUAAGGCCAUGCCAUGCACAGGACAAGAUAAGCUGAGAAAUAAUUGCUCUCCACUCAUCGCUGUGUUGCUUAUGCAAACAGUGCAAGCAUUUGAAUAAGAAAUAGAGAAAGAGACUUCUCAAACACACUUCCAGAUGUCUUAAAUAAAAUAGAAAAGUUAUUUCUAUCCAUUCGCCACACAGAUAUGCCAACGUGUUGUACCACUGCAAGGUUUGUGCACAUCAGAUCAAGCAAAGACAACUUCGAAAGGUCAUUAUGAAGUGUGCGUGCGCUCUUGUGCACCACGUUUGCAUUGUCUUUACAUUUACACUCGUAGUGCGUGACAACUAUUGUACUAUAGUGUAUAAAAUGUACAGUGUUGAUUUAAAAAAAAAAAAA